UCAAAACUAAAUCAUUUCAGACGCCAGGCAAAGCUGCUUUAAACGAGAUCAUGAAAGUGCAACACUUCUUCAGAGUCCUCAUGCUCGUCUUUCUGGCCCUGUCCUGGAGCACCAGCGAAGCGCGCAGGCACCGGAUUCGGGUGCGCCACAGACACCGACAUCGGAUACCAAAAUUCAUGAAAUCCAAACCCGCACCCAUGUGGCCCACUUGCAUGGCCGUGGAGCGCGGGCCCCUAGUGCCCCUGGUCAAGUCUGCCAUCAUGGGACAAAUGAGCAAGAAGCUGCUAGCGAAGUGCGGCUAUGAGGAGGAGCUCUCCGAGCUGGAGGUGUGGCGGGAGACAAUGCACAACAAGUUGGACAACGACAUGGUCGUGGACGUCAUUGCGUGGCUCUACGAGGAGGUGCAGAUUCUUCUUAAUGCGCCGGAGGUCCCGCAGGCUGGUCAGGCUGGCCAUGGGCAGAACUCCGCACACCCAGCCGAGAUUCACCCUGACAGCGAAGGUCCGACAGCGCCCGAAAGUUGUCACGACUUCAGGCUAUAUGUGCAGGUCGUGGACGAUGAGGUUGACCUUAAUGAUGCCGAUUGGUCCUAUAAGAAGUUCGAAUAAAAUAAUUAAAGCACUAGGUAAUGGAAA